AUGAAUUCUCCUGUGAUUGUUUUCAUCCAUUCGGAGAUCUAUAAAUCGUCUGGAAGGAGUGACGAAUUUAAUCCAGAAUAUCUAAUUCAACAUGAUAUAGUUUUAGUUACAAUUACCAAUCAUCUGGCAGCUCUUGGAUUUUUGAGCACAGGAACCAAGGAAGCUCCAGAAAAUAAUGGAUUGAAAUAUCAAGUUGUUGCGCUACGAUGGGUGAAGGAACACAUAAAAUCAUUUGGAGGUGAUCCCUAUUCCAUAACAAUCAUGGGAUAUAGCGCUGGUGCCAUUAGUGUCAUUCUACACUUGGUUUCGCCAAUGUCAGGAUGUCUUUUCCACAAGGCAAUUGUGAUGAGUGGAGCUGCGACCGCUCAAUGGAAUGUUCCAAAAAUCAAAACAGAAAUGGCGAAAAGGCAAGCUCGCAUUCUUAACUGCCCAGAUCACCCAUAUUUUGCACAUAACAUAAAAGAAAUAUAUUUUCAAACUUCUUUUGAACAAAAAACCGCAUCUCUCAUUCGCAACGAAACUCUUCAAACGGAAAUGGAUACGAAUUUCGUGAAAUGGGCACCGAUUUGCUUUCUAUACGAAGGAGACACACCAAAAUCGAAAAUAAUCCCAGCCCAACUGCGGUUGAAUUUCUUGAAGUAA